AUGGCUCGAAUGCUGAUUUUCUUUUCCCAGUUUGACUUUGUCUUACAUCAUGUGAAAGGACAAUCAAAUGUCGUGGCCGACGCUUUAUCUCGUCCGCCUGUGACUGGCGAGCAUUCCAAAGAGCUCACGGUGCCUACGUUCCAUGUUCCAGAUCUGUCGCACGUUGUACAUGAGUAUACAGAGGAGUGUAAUCUUCCCUUUACUCUUUUGGACAAGCACAUGGUGCACUCUGUCCCCCUUCAGUACAUUCCGCUGGAUGUAUCCCAACUCUUACUUGACGAUGUGAAGAUGAGGGGGGAGAGUCGUCCGAUAGAAGUCGCUCAGGAGAAAAUCCACAACGCCGAGUUUCACGUUGUGCGCGCACAUAUCAGCAAAAAAGUGCGGAAAGCGAUUCAGCAAGGAUAUCGCAAGGACAAGUUCUUCAAGAAUAUCUGA